AUGUUAACUUCGUUUAUGCUUUAUUAUAUUGAAGAUUAUGAAGCAGUCUCUGCUUACUUAACUAAGCCUGAAGAUUAUAAACCAGAACCUAAUUACUCAGAUAGGUCAGUCUAUUUACUAGUCUAUUCAGAUAGACAUAAAGAAUGUGAAGCAACACCUACUUGUCAGGAUGAACCCAAAGUUGGUAAAGCUAAUAACAGACGUACAAG